UUUUGUGUGUCGUUACCAAUCUCUCCCCGCUCAAGCAUUCAAUAAGCGCCUUGCGAUCAUAUAUAUAAGCCCCUGAAUAUCGACACAAGGUUAGUAUAAGAGUGUUAGUAAUCGACAACGCUUUAUUUUGCUGUGUCCGGUCAUAAGGUAGAAAUUCGUCGCUGCAGAUUUUGUUAUUCGAAGUUCCAAUUGCAAGUAAAUUCACAAAAAUGUUUCGCAUUUUUAUGCUAGUCGCAACAAUUCUUGUGAUGAUCGCCGCGCAACGGCCGAGGAUUUUAUUACACAAGAUGGAUUCUAUUCGAUACACUUUAACCAACGGUGGCCAUGACUUUCCAAUAGUUCCUAUAGUUUCUUCUAAGGUGUCUUUAUACAAAUAUUUAGAUGCUCAAUAUUAUGGUCUUAUUACUAUUGGAACUCCGCCGCAGGAAUUUAAAGUAAUAUUUGAUACUGAUUCCUCAAAUCUUUGGAUAUCAUCCGAAAAGUGCAUCCUUCACAACAUCGGUUGCAUAUUCCCUAACAAAUAUGAUAGUAAAAAAUCCUGUACAUAUAUACAAAAUGGUACUGCGAUUAAGAUUCCAUGUGGCGGAAACUCUAUGACCGGAAUUUUAUCUACUGAUGUAGUGAAUAUUGCCGGUUUCAAUGUUCAAAAUCAGACAUUUGCGGAAGCAAUGCACGAUCAAAGCGAAGCGUUCAUGUAUGCAAAAUUUGAUGGUAUGAUGGGCAUGCGUUUUAACAUGUCAUACAUCAACGAAGUAAUACCUGUGUUCCACAAUCUAGUAAAACGACGCCUAAUGUCAUCAGCCAUUUUCAGUUUUUAUUUGAAUAAAGAUUUGUCGGCCAAAGUCGGUGGUGCAUUAAUAUUAGGUGGUGCCGAUCCGAAUUAUUACGUAGGCAACUUGACGUAUGUUCCUGUUAGUAAGAAGGGAUCCUGGCAAUUUACUAUAGAUAAGAUCACAAUACAUCGUCAUAUCUUAGACGAGAAAGGCUAUCCAGCAAUACAUGAACAUAUCUUGUGCCCGAAUGGCUGUCAAGCUAUCGUUAAUCCAGGUACUUCAUCAAUAUAUGGGCCAACUAGUGACGUCUCCAUUAUUAAUCAACUUCUUGGAACUGUUUAUUAUUACAAAAAGGGAGAGCAUAGAACAUUCUGCACCACGGAAAACUCUGAUAAUAUCCCAGUAAUCAAUUUUAUUAUAGGUGGAAAAAUGUUCGAUCUUACCAGUCAGGAUUACCUCUUACAGGUGUCAAGAAAUGAUAACACGACUUGUAGAAGCGGUUUUAUAAGGCAUAGCACUACAUCUUGGAUUCUAGGCGAUAUAUUUAUUAGACGUUAUUACAGUGUCUUUAAUUUUGAAAAAGGCCGAAUGGGAUUUGUACCAGCAAGAUAAAUGUCGAUUGCUAUUUCUUAAAAUAAUAUAAUAAAAGACAUCGCAUUUAAAUGAU